AUGGAGUUUCACCACCCUAGUGAUAUGAAAAACACUAAUUUUCCACCUAUAGCAACCACUGACACCUCCGUAGAUUUCCAAGCCUCAACACUAGCGUGUAAACGGCCUCGGGAGGAGAAUCAAGAUGUUUCGGCCGAUCUCAAAAGACAGCGCUUAGGCUACCCCACAGCACGGGAAGAGGCAAACGAUAACAUCUUUACUGACAUUCCGUUACAAGGAACUCCCUCAGUGGCUGCUGAGUUCAUGCCUGAAAAACAGCCACUUCUACCUCCUCCUGUAUUCCGGAGUAAAAGAUCGAUUUUCGAAUACGGAAAUUACGACAAGUAUUAUAACUACCGUCACGAAACUCAGGCGUUCGUUGAUGCCCGAUUGAGCGCAAUAAUGCAAUACCUAGGCGGAGAUCAGCUCGAUUUCUUUCAUGAUAAAACUGUGCUCGAUAUAGGAUGCAAUAUCGGCUUCAUUAGUUUCUAUGUGGCGUAUAUUCUUGGCGCGAAAAGAGUUGUUGGUAUUGAUAUCGAUCACACAUUGAUCGAUCAAGCUUUGAGACAGUUACGGAAAUAUAAACAUGACGGCUUUCCGAUCAACGAAGAGGAGAUUGAGCGGAUCAGCGACAGAUUUCCGUUUAAUAUCGAAUUUCGAACAGAAGAUUUUUCGAAGGACACGGUUGACAUUGAUGUGAAGGACGGAUCUGUCAUCACUGUUGCAACUCCUUGCAGUUAUGAAGAGGAAAAGUACGACGUUAUAUUCUUGUUGUCUGUUAUAAAGUGGAUUCAUUAUCAUCAUGGUGAUGAUGGUGUGAAGCAUGCUUUCUCUAAGAUCUACCGUUUGCUCAAGCCGGGAGGGUUAUUCAUUUUCGAGCCGCAAGAUUGGAAGUCUUAUAGGAAAAAACGCAAUCUUACGAGGGAGAUCAGAGCAAAUUACAAUUCGAUCGAAUUCCGGCCGACUCAGUUCGUAGACUAUUUGGAAAAAGAAGUUGGUUUUGUCUUGGAAUGCACAUUGAAGCCAAGCGCAGCCACCGUUACGUGUGAUAUAAGAGGAUUCGAUCGUCCUGUGCAUAUUCUGCGGAAACCCGUGGGAAAAGAAGAGAAAAAAUCGUCAAAAUAUGAAAAAAGGAUAGUCAACUGCAUGUUGCGUUUGAAUGUGAACUCACUCAUUAAUAUUCGCUUAUGCGAAGACGAAAAAACUUCAUUUUUUAUGCCUGGCAAGAGAGGAUGUAAACGACGAUGA